CCAACUCCCAUAUUAAUCGAACUCCAGGGAAGUAGUGCGGAAGAGGGGCUCCCGGCCUGGCCAUGGCGAAUUCGGACCCCGAUAAGCUUAUGAUCAAAGGCGAUAAACUAUGGAGGUCAGAUCCAAUUUAUUCCUUGCAAUCAAGAACAAAACUCAGUUUUACCAGAUGGAGUGCAGACUGGAAGACUGCUACCUCGUUGUACGAGCAAGCUGCUAUUGCCUACAGGUUCAGGAAAGACAAUGAGAAAGCAAAAGCAGCAUUUGAGAAGGCUUCCAAAGGACAAGAAAUUAUUUCAUCGCCUUGGGAUGCUGCCAAGCAUAUGGAGUCCGCUGCAGCUCUGGCGAAGGAACUUGGCCACUGGAAUGAAGUUUCUGAUCACUACAGAAGGGCAUCUGAAUUAUAUAUUGAAUGUGGAAGAUCACAGCCUGCUUCAGAUGCCGUUGCAAAGGCUGCUAGUGCUUUGGAAGAAGUGGUCCCUGAUGAAGCUGUUCGGUUGUAUACUGAUGCUUGUGUAAUUUUAGAAGAGGAUGGAAAGGAGCAUAUGGCUUUUGAUUUAUAUCGUGCUGUGACGAGUAUUCAUGUUAAACUUGGAAGGUAUACAGAUGCGGCAACAGUUCUUUUAAGAUGGGGUGUAGCUGCUGAUAAGUGCAAUGCUGUCAACAGUCAGUGCAAGGCUUAUCUGAGUGCUAUCAUAGUUUACCUUUAUGCACAUGAUUUCCAGCAAGCUCAGAAGUGUUACAAUGAUUGUUCCCAAAUUGAAACAUUUCUUAAUAGCGAUCAGAACCGUUGUGCCAGCAAACUGUUAUCUGCUUAUGAGGAAGGUGACACUGAAGAAAUCAAACGUGUUGCUAAGUCAAGCACCAUUUCAAAUCUUGAUCAUGUGAUAAUCAGGCUUGCGAGGAAAUUGCCAACAGGGGAUUUGAAGGAGCUGAAGGGAGACGAGGCCAAGGAAGAAGAACCUCUAGAUGAGAAUGACCUCACUUGACCGAUCUUAAUUGGUUUGAGAAGUGCAAAUCAAAAUCGAAUCCUUCGGUGCACAAAGUGUUUUUGUGGAGUUGUUGUUGAGGCCCAGUGGUGAUACACAUGUAAAAGCAGUUGCUUACCAAUCUGAUAGCCUGUCAUGUAAAAUUUACACUCCUUAAGUCUGCUAUUGGACAUUGCUGUUGUAACUUUAAAAUCAAUAUCACAUGAGCUUGUAAAUGUCAUGAUUUGAAGUGGUUGUGUUG